CGGGAAUUCUUUAAUUUUACUCUUAAAGAGCUUAAAAUGAAUUUACAAAUUAUUUUUGUAUUAUCUACAUUUUUUGUAAUUACUGUUGUGUACAACACCAAUGCAAUAGAAAUUGGAUUGAGUGCAGAGGCUGAACUUAAUAAUGAAAAGAUGAUCUUUAAACGACAGAUUCAAAAUGAAGAAGUAAAUAAUACCUCCUCCUCUAGCGAAGAAUCUAAUGAAGAUCCUGAGGGAUCUGGAGAAGAACCAACAAAAGUUAGAAGGAAGAGAGGAGAAGUUGAAAAAGACUCGUCAUCUUCAUCAUCCUCAUCUUCCGAAGAUAAGGAAAGUGAAGGUUCUGGGGAAGAGGGGGGAAGUUCGACAACCAGUCCACCGCAAACAGAACAACCAACCGAAACAGACCUCUCAGAGAAAUAA